AUGACCAGCCAUCUCUCUCCUGGGGCCAGCAAUGGCUCGUCCCCGGUCUCGUCUUCACCGCAACCUCAGCGCUCAACCGCUCUGUCGAAUCGCCUGACAACCGUGCUGUCUGCGUCAUACGCGGAUUCGGACAUCCGAGACGCCCUCGAAACCUUGAGUGUGAGAGGCACUCACAACACCCCAGAAACACGGCGGCAGCUGCGACUCGAUUUGCAGAAAGAAGUGAUUGAUUGCAAUGCUGAGAUUGUCAGGGACUUUGGGAAAGUGGCAGAGCAAUUGACUCGGAUUGGGACGGUGAUAUCUAACUUGAACCAAACAUGUGAUGAGAUGCGCAAGCACAUCAACCUGGCCAAGCAGGACACAACGCCCGUGCUCGAAGAGGCCUCUACUCUGAUGACCCAGAAGAAGGAUACGGAAACCAAACAGCAGCUUUUGAACGCCUUUUCGAACCAUUUUCUUGUCCCGGAGGAAGAUUUGCUGGCUUUGACUUCCGCCGAGGAGCCCGUCAAUGAGCGAUUCUUUGAUGUACUUGCCCGGGUCAAACAAGUUCACCAUGAUUGCGAGGUCCUACUGGGAGGCGAGAACGAGCGAUUGGGUCUAGAAGUGAUGGAACUGAGCACUCGCAAUCUUAACUCUGCCUACCAAAAGCUCUACCGGUGGAUUCAAAAGGAAUUCCAGUCCUUGAAUUUGGAGGACCCCCGGAUCAGCAGCUCGAUCCGUCGCGCUCUGCGGGUGCUGGCGGAGCGACCGAGUCUGUUCCAUAGCUGUCUAGACUUUUUCGCAGAAGCCCGCGACUACAUUUUGUCGGAUGCAUUCCACUACGCACUGACAGACGCUAUGGCCGGCGCCAAUGGGGCCGGUGCCGGACACCGUGGCGUCAAACCAAUUGAAUUUUCGGCGCACGAUCCGUUGCGGUACGUGGGUGACAUGCUCGCCUGGGUCCACUCGACAACAGUAUCGGAGCGGGAAGCACUAGAGGCGCUGUUUGUUGCCGACGGCGAGGAGCUUGCGCGGGGCAUCAAGGCCGGGUUGAGCAGCGAGCCCUGGGCCCGUAUCGACGAAGGGGAGGAGCUCAUGUUCGACGGCCAUAAGGCACUCAGUGAUUUGGUCAAUCGCGAUCUCACCGGGGUGUCUCGGGCGCUACGGCAGCGAAUCGAGCUCGUCAUUCAAGGUCAUGAUGAUCCCGUCACCUCCUACAAAGUGGUGAAUCUUUUGUCUUUCUACCGCACGACAUUUUCCAAGUUGCUUGGUCCGAAGUCUCAUCUGGUCGAUCUGAUGCAGAACUUGGAAAAGUUCACGCUCGGCCACUUCGAGACUCUGAUGCGGGAUCAGAUCAGUACCCUCUCCAGUGAUCAUCUUUCCUUGUCCCCACCCGAGGACCUGUCAGCUCCGCAAUUUUUGUUGGAUGCACUUGAAGGGUUGACUUUGCUCAUGAAGACACACGAGGCUUCUGUCGGACCAGAAGACGACCUGUCUUCAGACGCGGACAGCGAGAACGGGUUCACCCCUGUUCUGCGUGCUGCGUUUGAUCCUUUCUUGACAUUGGCUCGUUCCUCAUCCGACGAAAUCCAAGAAAGGACUGCGCAGACUAUCUAUCGCACCAACAUUCUCCUCGUGGCUCGCGCCACUAUCUCGCCGUUUGCAUUUGCCAGUGCCACACAUGCCGCUCCUCUUUCCACUGCCCUCUCUACUCUCCGCGUGGACCUUCUCGAGAUUCAGCGCCAGUUUCUUCUCGAGACUUCGGGACUACAAACAUUGCUCAAGGCUCUAGAGCCUUUCUCCAAGACAGCCAAAGAAUCCGAACCGACCGACGCCCAAACCGAGAAGCCAGAGUCGCAGACUGCGCACCUCGCCGACCUUACCGCACUCCCGGCCUUUCAACCCGAUGCGCUCAUAUUGUCGAGCCAGCAGCUCGACGACUUCUUGCCGUCGGCGCUCAUGGACGCCACCGAUCAUUUCAAGCGCGUCCAGAGUGCUUCUCUCGUGCAGAGUGUCAUCGAAGACGCAGUCGAGGCUUUCUGCCGUGACUUUGAGUUCGUGGAAGGCAUGAUUAUUGCUACGGACGAGGCACGGGGCACGAUGGAUGUGGGUUUGAGCACUGGCGCGAGUGUGGUGAGUGGCCGCAGUGGCCGGUCUGGGGCUAAGACAGACGCCAGCGAGAAGGAGGGCGAAGAGAAUGAGGACAAGGACGAGCCAUUGAGCUUGCGAUCGUUAUUCCCUCGGACUACAGGCGAGAUCCGGGUGUUGUUGAGUUGA